UCUCGCUCUUCAAUCUUCAUUCUGCUCCCUCUUUCAUUUCCGUUCUGCGUUCCGUGGGAGGUCUCUUUCUCAUAACUUCCUCUCAGAGCCUCCCUCUCUCUCUAUAUAUACACACUAUCUAUCUAUAGGUAAUCGUAUAUAAAUAUAUAUUUAUAUAUAUUCUUAUAAAUUUCAUAAGCUGAAAGUUGUAGUAAUAGAGCCAUGGCUUCUGAAAAUUACACCGAUAAAACCGCAGUUUUUCGGAAGCUCAGAGCCAAGUCCGACAACAAGAUGUGUUUCGAUUGCAAUGCGAAGAAUCCGACUUGGGCGUCGGUGACUUACGGUAUCUUCCUGUGUAUUGAUUGCUCCGCUGUUCAUAGGAGCCUCGGCGUACACGUCAGCUUCGUUAGAUCUACAAAUUUAGAUUCAUGGACUCCUGAGCAGUUGAAAAUGAUGUCCUUUGGGGGAAAUAAUCGUGCUCAAGUUUUCUUCAAGCAGCAUGGAUGGAAUGAUGGAGGCAAGAUUGAGGCCAAGUAUACAUCAAGGGCUGCUGAGUUAUACAGGCAGUUGCUUUUAAAAGAAGUUGCUAAGAGUAACGCAGAAGAAGUUUUACCUUCAUCUCCCAUUGCAUCUCAGUCAACACAACCUUCUAACAACUUCUCUGAGAGUAAGAUCUAUGAAGCCCCGAAAGGAAGCUCAGUUAAUGAUUUACCAGAAGAAAGUUCUUCUGUAAAGCCUGAAAAAACUGAGGUUUCUGCCCCAACCAAAACCGCUCAAACAAUUGGCACUACGAUCGUGAAAAAGCCUUUUGGUGCAAAGAAAACUGGGAAGGUGGGGGGCCUCGGUGCCAGAAAGCUUACUACUAAGCCUAGUGAAGGUCUCUAUGACCAGAAGCCUGAAGAGCUCCCCCCUGUACAAGUUUCCUCAAGUGUUUCCUCAAACAAUGGCACCCACAAAGUUGCUUCAUCUUUUGCAUCUCGAUUUGAGUAUUCGGACAAUAUUCAACCUGCUGAUAUGAGUCCUGGAGGUGCUCAUGUCGUUGGCCAUGUAACUCCACCUAAGUCGUCCAACUUCUUCGCUGAAUAUGGCAUGGACAGUGGUUUCCCAAAGAAGAGCAGCAUGAACUCAACCAAAGUGCAAGUUGAGGAAACAGAUGAAGCGAGGAAGAAGUUUUCUAAUGCAAAGUCCAUAUCAUCUGCCCAGUUUUUUGGUGUGAACAAAGCCAGUGAUAUUGAAGCAUCUGCUUCCCUGCAAAAGUUCUCUGGUUCGACAUCAAUCUCUAGUGCCGAUCUCUUUGGCCACGAUGCCAGUAAUUCAUCUGUUGACCUCACAGCAAACGAUCUCAUUAAUCGUCUCUCUUUUCAGGCACAACAAGAUAUCUCCUCCAUUAAGAAUAUUGCAGGAGAAACCGGGAAGAAGCUCAGCUCACUGGCGUCCAAUAUAUUUACGGAUAUUCAGGACAGAAUCCUGUGAUAAAAUGCAAUAUAUUUUAAACUCAGACCAAGUUUGUUAUGGUAACCGCCAUUGAAUGUUCCAUGUAAUUCGUGUAAAACGAGAGGGUUUCAAUAGAUCAAGUAAGAUCUGAAAGUAGUAGGUUUGUGAUAUGUUUUGUGUUAUUUUGAGUCGGUAGUUGUUGAAGAAAAUUCAUGCAUUUUUGAAGUUUCUAAACCUAAUAAAUAUUUUGUACUCUGUAUUAUGUGACGGAAUGCUGGGAUUUGAAACCCGCGAAAAAAGUAGUUAUAUUUUGAAUAA